UCGAAUCCACUUGGUUCCCUUGGUUCUUUUUGUUCUGUCAAAGAGAGUUAUGGAGAGUGACCAGUCAGGAAAAAAUCUCUGGGUUGCAAAACAAAAGUUUGUUUCUCUUCUGUCAACACUUUCAACUGGAGAUGAUAAAGAUUUUUUGGAUUGGGUAAUAGAACAGUAUUCAAUGUUGUUAACUGGAGAUGGAUCAUAUGCAUAUGGAAACAAGUCAAUGGCACCUUUUUACCAAGAGUAUCUUAAUGGGGAACAAAAACUGCUCUCUAUUAAAGAAGAUCUUUGUAGUCAACUUCCUUUUGAUGGUUCAUGUUCUUCAGAGACUGUUUAUCAACCAGAAGUUGGCAAGAACUCAGAUUGUGAUCCAACUACAACUGUUGUCAUUGAUUCAUUUCUUUAUGAUGAAGAUGAUAUUGAAAUGUUAUGUGAUCAAAAUCUCUUCAAUAGAAAUUAUUGUAAGAAAUGUGGUUCUCAUAAUACAGCUCCAUUAACCUUGAUUUCACACUCCAUGUCUGUGCUACAGAUGAAAUACAUUUUUAAGAAUGCUUUGCCCAAAUUAGGAUAUAUACCUGAUGCCACUAUCCUUGAUGUUGGUUCUCGCUUAGGUGCUGUUUUAUAUGGAGCGUACUUCUUUAGCCAUUGUAAAAGAAUCGUUGGUGUUGAAAUGAAUAAAGAACUUUGCCUCCUACAAAAUCAAAUCAUACACAAGUAUUCACUUGGUGAUAGAAUUGAGGUAUUUUGCAAUGAUAUUUGUAAUGCUGGGAUGCUUUUACAAGAAGCUGAUAUUAUUAUAUUGAACAAUACAUUUGAAUUCUUCUUAAAAAGAGAUGCUCAGAUAAGCACAUGGAAAAAUAUAAGACGAAACUUAUCAAAAUCUGGUUCUAUUCUGAUUACAAUUCCCAGCUUAGAAGAAUCUCUAUGUAUUGGUGAUGGAGGAAAGGAAAUAAUGGAUAUACACAGUUGGCUUGUGCCUUUGAUUGUGAAUGCAAAUGAUUUGUCCCUUAAUUAUUCUGAAGAUGAUUUACAGGAGCUGAACAUGAUACAUUUUUACAAAGUAAAAUGAAAUCCCACCUACCAAACAUUAGAACAUUGACAUAUUUACAUGAAAUAGAAAAUUUAAUUAAAUCUUAUCAGUGUAAAUGGCAAGUAGUAACGUGAAGAUCAUUGACACCGAAGACCAUACAAAACACAGCUAAAAUUGAAAAAAAUACAGUAAACACGAUUGGUUGUUGUGAGAAA